AUGAAAGUCGGCAAACCCAAAUCCAAACGCGUCCCCGUGCGCCUCCGCCACAAAAUCGAAAAAGCCUCCGCAGCGAAACAACGCAAGCAACGCAAAGAAGCGAAGAAGAACCCGCAAUGGCAGUCGCGGCUGAAGAAGGACCCGGGGAUUCCGAAUUUGUUCCCUUAUAAGGACAGGGUGUUGGCGGAGAUUGAGGAGAGUAAGAGGGCGAAGGCGGAGGAGCAGGAGAGGAGGAGGGAGGUUGCUAGGGCGCAGAGGGAGGGGAAGAAAGUGGGUGUUGAGGGAGGGGAUGAGGAGUUGAGGGAUCCGGAGGAGGAGAUGGGUGAUGUUGAUGAGGAGGUGGAUGGAGAGGGUGAGGAGGUGGAUGGAGAUGAGAUGGAAGAGGAUACGAAUCCCAUGGCUGCCCUCGUGGCUUCCGCUCAGGCUCGAGCGCAGACAUACCGACCCAACAACACCAACGACGACGAAGAUGAGGAAGAAGACGAAGAAGACCCAGAAAGCGACGUCGAACCAAACCUCACCACCCUCCAACCCAAAAACCCCAAACCCACAUCCUCGGAACCCACGAAAAACCCCCUCCCAAAACAAGCCCUCACCGACCCCCUCAAACCCCUCACCAACCUCAUCACCCGCCUGGAAAAAACCCCCUCGGGAAUCCAACAACUCCUCGAUUACUACCAACUCCCCCCGCUCGUGACCGCCGGCAGCGACACCGCCACGCGCCUCCUCGUCGACGUGGCGCGGAAGAAGGGACGCUUGGGGCGACGGGGUGUGCCGAAUUUGAACGCCGCGGCGUUGACUGUGUUGGGGGAUUUGAAUGAGGGGAGGUUGGAGUUGCCGGCGUUGCAGGAGGUGCAGGUUGUGUCGAAGGCGAGUGUGAAGGCGGGCAAUAAGAGUGAGGUGCAGAUUGUGUCGCAGCUCGCGGAGCCGUUUAGGAUUGAAGGACUGUUUGGAGAUGAGGGCAAGACGGGGGCGGAGAUGGAAGUAGAGGAUGCUUAG